AUGACUGAAGACGGUACCCACGGCGAGCGCCGUAUAGUGGCCGACGCCAUCAAAUCCUCCCCGUCUAAUAAUUCUUCAUUCAGUUCUCCGGCACGGACACCUCCGAAUGCCCUUCAUAAGAGUGGGCCGAGGACAAUGCCUCGGACCUCUUCCAUCGAUUCCGCCAUCUCCUCCAUAUCGUCCGCCUCUCAUUCCCAAAACCCCUCGUUCGACUUGAAUGCCCUGACAUCGGCGGAUAUCAAUAAUAUUAUCUCAGCAGCUGGCUCUGCAGAGGCAGUGAUCGUGCAUCUUCUCAAAGACAGGCAGCAUGCCAUAGCACGGAACGAUCAACUAUGGCGGCUGCUUGAGAAACAGCGCGCGCUCGUCUUGGGAUUGAACAAGGAUCUUGAACGUGCUAUGAAGGAUAAAGAUCGAUAUAAGAAAAAACUGAAGGAAUUGCAAGAGCAAGUCCCGCCCUUGCCGAGCAAUCACAAACAGAGUUCUGCCCAUUCUGUGUCCGUGAGAGAGGCACCCCACGGUGGUCAGAAAGCUGUUUCAACCUCAUCCGUUGACCCUACCUCCGAAAAGCAUUUGGACAGUUCAUCUCAGGGCGACUCUCGAGAUGCUCAACAUCCAAAGAACGGUUUGGCACCUUCACCACUUGCUGUUCGGCACUUAGAUGAAGAUGUGGAGAUCGGAAUCAACGGACAUGCCACUGGCUUCCAGGCCGAAAUGCGUGACGAUCAAGCAGGGAGUUCUGGUCAGUUCCAAUCGAGGGUGCAGCCUGUCCUGGAUCUUCCAGAGCUACCGCCGCCGAAUCGCAAACCUCCACCUGCUCCCUUAAACCUCAACCAAAAUCAACGCCGCAGCUCGCCCUUGGAUCCACAUGCAUUUCAAGACUCCGAUUCUGAAUACGAAGAUAUUGACCGAGGUCGGCGAAGAACCAGGGAAGAUGAUGACAAGGAGCGCGAAGCUGCUGUGAUUCGCGAACAAGAAGCCCGUAGCAGAUCCAAAAAGAUGAAGACUCCCGAAGGGUCUUUGACUGGGACUCCUCCUUCAUCAUUCCCCGCAGCACCGACCGGUGUGUCCUCUAGUCCUAGGCAAUUUGUUUCCCAGUCUCCUUCCCAAAUGGCUGGUGGACAAUUUGCUGCAACGGAAUCUUUGGCUGCCAUUGUCCACUCCAAAAACCCGGAGCUUCUACAAUUGGCCGAUCGAAAGGCCAUGGCGCCUCUAACUCCUGGCCUACCCAUGAGCCCUCGGCCUGGGGACCGUCCCUUGGGAUCUCCACUCCCAAGACAGCCGAGGGAGGGAACGGGCAUGUAUAUUUCACCCCCCACAUCACCGAGAGGCACUGUGAUGGGUCUGCCUCAAUCUCCUCGGGCGACAAAGCAGCCAUGCCCGCCACAAACACAGAAUGAAAACCCUGGAUCUCAACUGCCAUCCAUUGAUGCGUCGAUGAAAAUUGAUAGCCCACAUUCGCCUCACGGUCUUACCAAAACUAUAUACCAAGGCCUCAUCUCGGAGAAUUACCCUGGGCUUCUUCUGCCGCCAAAUGCAUUACCAUCCAUUGAAGUCAAGGUAGCAUCCUCUCGGCUUCGACCGUCUAGAAAUAGCUAUAUGGGUGGCAGGCCUACUGAGGAAGACCCUGUUUUUAUCCUAAGCAUCUUCUCGCGCUUCGAUGGAGCAGAAUUAUGGCGUGUGGAAAAAGCUAUUUUAGCGCUUCCCCAACUUGACCAGCAAGUUCGUCAGUUGACUGACUUUGCUGGUAAACUUCCAGAUCGAGCAAUGUUUAGUGGUCACUCUCCUGUCAAGAUUGAUGCAAGAAGGGAUGCCCUGAAUCUGUAUUUUGAAACUCUUCUCGAUACUCCCAUGACGGAACCUGCCGCUUUAGUCAUCUGUCGCUUCAUAAGCUCUGAUGCAAUUGAGCCCCGUGAUGACGAGACUAAUUUGAUGAAACCCAAUGGCAAGUCAACGCCAGAACUCGUCCGCGGCCCAGAUGGCAAGCCGAGAAAAGAGGGCUAUCUUACGAAAAGGGGCAAAAAUUUCGGCGGUUGGAAGUCGAGAUUUUUUGUACUGCACGGUCCUGAAUUGAAAUAUUUUGAAUCCCCUGGAGGAGCGCACCUGGGCACAAUCAAAAUACCACAUGCGCAAAUAGGCAAACAAUCACAAAGCGGUCAUAAUCAAUCUCCGUCUCGAGCCGAGGACGACUCGGAAAACCAAUAUCGCCACGCUUUUCUCAUCUUGGAGCCGAAGAAAAAGGACUCCUCGGCUCUCGUGCGACAUGUUUUAUGUGCUGAAAGCGAUGGAGAAAGAGACGCUUGGGUUGAUGCGUUACUGCAUUACGUGGAAAUUCCAUCGUCUGACGAUGAGAAAGUCGUCUCUAAGUCGCACAACAACGCGAAACAACCGGUUGCGCCAAACCCGAAGUCUCGUCUCUUUGCUAAUAACAAUAGAAAAGGGAGCAAGGGGACUGAUAGCCCUGAUGCUGAUGUACAACAUGAAUCAGUGCAAAGCUUCAGUUACGAUGAUGCUGUCCCUGCUGCUCCUCCUGUUUUUGGGUCCACAGUGGACAAGGAAGCAAGCAGAGCAUCUCCGACAACAAGCGAAAAUGCUAAUGCAGAUGCUGUUUUCCCCGGGGUCAACAACUCCAAAGUAAUUUCGGGUCCAACGAAUGGCGCCGUAAUUCAAGAUGUCGGUGCAUGGGGUAACAAAGUUCCCACUUCGUCCAAGGAAAAGAAACGCAGCAUCUGGGGUUUCCGUGCACGUUCAUCGUCAGACCUGGCGGCCGGGGAUUCUGACCCCCAUGCCCACAAUUCAUCAACCGAGAGAAGAGUGUCCAUUCGACCUGUAUUUGGAAUGCCUCUGGUGGAAGCAGUGCAGUUCUGUGGCCCUAGGAACAUCGACGCUGACCUCCCCGCUGUCGUAUACCGCUGCAUCGAGUACUUGGAAGCUAAGGGGGCAGCCUCGGAGGAAGGUAUCUUCCGGCUGAGUGGCUCCAAUGUUGUUGUCAGAGCUCUAAAAGAGAGAUUCAAUACUGAAGGGGACGUGGACUUUUUGGCAGGCGACCAUUACUACGACGUCCAUGCAGUGGCAUCUCUUUUCAAACAAUACUUGCGAGAGCUACCUACUACUGUCUUGACUCUUGAACUUGUGUCUGAAUUCCGACGGGUUCCUGAAUUGGAUGACAAGAAUCGAAAGAUUGCUGCUUUGAACACAUUGGUGCAUAUACUUCCCAGGGCGAACCUGUCACUUCUGAGCGCCCUGUCCCAGUUCCUUAUUACAAUCAUCAAUAACUCUGAUGUGAACAAGAUGACAGUGCGCAAUGUUGGCAUUGUCUUUGCGCCAACGUUAAACAUUCCGGCUCCGGUACUCUCUCUAUUUCUCACGGAGUAUGAUAGCAUCUUCAAGGAAGCACCGCAUCACAUGAAUUCUGCAGAAGUUCCAGUAGCACCUUCGCUUACGCCCGAGGACGUUCGUUCUCCACGUCGUCAAAUGUUCUCGGAGCUUCCUACGCCAUCUUAUGGCCAGACAUCCUUCUAUGUGUCAGACGACGUGGACAUUCAAUCCCAGGAUGCUAUGAAGUCAAAUUAUGAUACUGGAUUUAUUCCCAUUAUUCCAACGUACGACGGAGUGCAACGAGGCCUGGACCCCCGUACUCGUCAAGUUACCAAUCCCCAGCGCACGCCUCGCAUGCUGGACCCUAAUGACAGUAUGAGGUCCACCAAAGCAAAACGAAGGGAGAGCUCUAUGCUUUUCAUGGAGAUGGGCAAUCGCAUGGAAAUAAACGAUCGCAAGCAUUCCCUUCCGCAGUUGCGAGACGACCAAUCGCUUGUUGGUCAUGAACCUGGCUUUGAAUGA